AUGCGUUGCGGAAGCCCAGAGAAGGCGGCAGCGCGCCGCCCAAGCCCCCUCCCCAUCAGAAGGGCACGAGGGCUUUCUCGGCCCGGGACCUCCCAGGGUGCGACGGUGCGAGAAGUGCCGGUGUCUCAGCUGCAGCUGCCCUUGGGCUCCCACAUGGCCGGGAUCCUUGCCGCUUGCGCUCGGCUGCACUUUGUCCCGGCGAACGGAGGAAGGUGUCUCCGAAACGUUGUUUCCCUGCCGUGGCGGAAAGAAGACCUUGGCUGCCUCCGUCCCUUUGCCGUGUUUUCGGCGCUGCAACCAUGUAGCUGGUGGGCUCCUGGUAUUUGGGUGGGGCAACCCAGAGGGCUGGGCGUUUGGGCUCCGUCUCGGCGUGUCCCGGAGAAGCAGUCUAGCGCUGAAAGCCUGGAGCCGUUAAGACUGAUUUACAGGUUCCCGGGCAUCAGGAUUUGCAGAUUACUUUCACGGCUGAAGUUGCUGCAGACGGGCUUGACCUUCUUGAUCGUGCCCCCGGUUUGGUAUCUUUACUGGCAAAGCCAAACGAGCCAGACCCAGUGCCUUUAUAUCACCGGAAUUGCUUGUUUUGCCGCCGCCAUGCUAUACGGCAUGAGCUUCUAUCUCCGGCGAAUCAUCGGCAUGAUGUACCUGAACGACAGCGGCAGCCUGUUAAAAGUGUCGCACCUGACAUUCUGGGGGGGAAGAAGGGACAUCUAUUGCCCGGUUGAAACGGUGAUGACCUUGGGAGACGUCGGCGAAUGUGGGAACGACUUGCUGCUGCAGUUCAAGCAGCACGACCGAGACCACUUCUUGUAUUUUUCUCUCCGCUUGGGGCAAAUUGUGGACCCGGCAGGGUUUGCAAAGGUGUUUGGAGGAGUCCAGUAACUUUGGGAGCAAUCGGUUCUUGAGCUAGGGGUGAGAAGUAGGGAUAUGCUCCGCUUCUAAUCGGACUGGCAAAUUAGAAGCGG